AUGGCAGCAGGGGAGACUCAGCUCUACGCAAAGGUCUUCAACAAGCACAAGGGCCGCAGCACCCCCUCGCUCCUGGACCCCCUCCUGGGAAUGGGCUUCCCAGCACACACUGCACUAAAGGCCCUGGCAGCCACUGGAAGAAAGACAGCGGAAGAGGCAUCCAAUUGGCUGCGUUGUCAUCGUGAUGACCCUUCCCUGGAUGAUCCCAUCCCCCAGGAGUACGCCCUUUUCCUCUGCCCCACGGGGUCCCUGCUGGAAAGACUGCAGGAGUUCUGGAGAGAGAGCAAGAGUCAGUGCACAAAGAACCGAGCCCAUGAGGUCUUCCCUCACAUAACGCUCUGUGACUUCUUCACGUGUGAAGACCACAAGGUGGAAUGUCUGUAUGAGGCUCUAAAGAGAGCUGGGGACAGGAUCCUGGGCUCCUUCCCCUCGGUCGUCCCUCUGGUUCUCCACUCUUCCAUCAGCUAUCUGGGCUUCUUCGUGAACGACAGCCCUGCAGACGUCAUCCGGGAAUUUGCCAUAAUGUUCGCUACGGAAGCCUCUGUCUUAGCAGACUGCACCGUGAAGCCUUGCACCAAGCAGCUGCAUCUGACCUUGGCCCACAAGUUCUACCCCCACCACCAGAGGACACUGGAGCAGCUGGCCAGAGCCAUCCGCCCGGGCCACAGCUGCCAGUGGACCGCAGUGCUCUACUCCCGAGACAUGCGCUUUGUGCACUACCAGACCCUCAGGGCCCUCUUCCAGUACAAACCUCAGAACAUGGAUGAGCUUACACUAAGUCCUGGCGACUACAUCUUCGUGGACCCUACUCAGCAGGAGGAAGCCAGCGAGGGCUGGGUGAUUGGGAUCUCCCAGCGGACAGGCUGCCGAGGCUUCCUACCUGAGAACUACACGGAGCAAGCCAGCGAGUCUGAUACCUGGGUUAAGCACAGGACCUACACCUUCAGCCUGGCCAUGGACCUGAUCUCCAGAAAGGACGGUGAGGCAAGCAGCCGGCGAAAUGGGGAACUCUACCCUUCACAGAUGCCAAAGGAUAUUAGCAGCAUCCAGGCUUUACAGGCCACAAUAGCGAGGAGGAGUGUUCUGGUGGUGCGCCACGGCGAGAGAGUGGAUCAAAUCUUCGGGAAGUCAUGGCUACAGCAAUGCUCCACUCCAGAUGGGAAAUACUACCGGCCAGACCUGAACUUCCCUUACAGUCUACCCCGAAGGAGCAACGGUAUCAAAGACUUUGAAAACGACCCACCAUUAUCAUCAUGUGGGAUUUUCCAGUCCAGGAUGGCAGGGGAAGCACUACUGGACAGUGGCAUCAGAGUCACCUCUGUCUUCACCUCCCCGGCCCUCCGCUGUGUGCAGACAGCCAGACACAUCCUGGAAGAGCUCAAACUGGAGAAAAGAAUUAAGAUAAGAGUGGAACCCGGAAUCUUUGAGUGGACGAAAUGGGAGUCUGGCAAAACCACCCCGACCCUCAUGACCCUGGACGAGCUGAAAGAGGCGAAUUUCAACGUCAGCAUGGAUUAUAGGCCCGCGUUUCCUCUCGCCUCCCUCUUGCCGGCUGAGAGUUAUGACGAGUAUGUGGAGCGGUGUGCGGUGAGUGUGGGACGGAUCAUCAGCGCCUGCCCACGGGACGUGGGUGUCAUUCUGAUUGUGAGCCACGGCUCGGCGCUGGACUCCUGCACUCGCCCGCUCCUUGGGCUGCCGCCCCGGGACAGUGGAGACUUCGCCCAGCUGGUGAGAAAGAUUCCUUCUCUGGGCAUGUGCUUCUGUGAGGAAAAUAAAGAGGAAGGAAAAUGGGAGCUGGUGAAUCCUCCCGUGAAGACGCUGACCCACGGCUCGAACUCGGCAUUUAACUGGCGGAACUGGCUCCCGGGCAGCUAG